GUAUUGAUCAUAACAAGUGAUUUGUUUUUGUUGUGGGCAGUAUCCAUGAUAAACGGCCGAGGAUAAGAGGAGUAUAUAUACUUUAGGACUAUUAAUUUGGGAAUAAUUAGUUGAUGAUGAAGAUGAUGAUAACUUGGAGAAUUCUGUUGUCUCUGCUCUGUUUCGUCGCCGUUGUGUACGGACAAUCUAGUCUUGAUGAGGCGGCUAUGAAUGCUCUGAAAACCUCCCUAAAUUCUCCACCAAGCUUUUCAGGAUCGAAUCCUUGUAACUGGACGAAGGUAGUACAAUGCGACGGAAGCCAUCGGGUCACUCAUAUCCAAAUCAAGAGCUUAAGGAUCUCGGGAACGUUACCCAUUGAUCUCAGAAACCUCUCGUCUUUGAUAGUUUUCGAGGUCAUGGAGAACAAUAUUACAGGGAAGAUUCCUAGUCUUGCUGGGUUGAGAUCGUUGGAAACAGUUAAUUUUCAUGACAAUGGGUUCACUUCGAUCGACCCUGAUUUCUUCACUGGUUUGAGUUCUCUUCAGUCUGUGUUUCUGGAUAAUAAUCCUUUUGAUUCUUGGGAAAUCCCUCCGAGUUUGAAAAACGCGACUUCUCUAGCAGUAUUCUCCGCUGUCAACUGCAAUCUUUCCGGGAAAAUCCCGGAUUUUCUCGGGGGAACGUUCCCUAGUAUGACGACUCUGAAACUGUCUUAUAAUUCGCUUGUAGGUGAACUUCCCAUGAAUUUCUCCGAAUCACGUGUUCAAGUUCUGAUGCUUAACGGGCAAAAGGGAGUGGAGAAGCUCCAUGGGUCAAUUUCGGUUCUGCAAAACAUGACUGCUUUAACCAAUGUUACGCUGCAAGGGAACAGCUUCUCGGGUCCUUUACCAAACUGUUCUCGUCUAGUCUCGCUGAAAAGUUUUAAUGUUAGGGAGAAUCAGCUUACGGGCCUUGUUCCCCCCUCUUUGUUUGAGCUUCAAUCUCUUUCUGAUGUGGCUUUAGGCAAUAACUUGCUUCAAGGACCAACCCCACUCUUCAAGGCUCCCAACAUCAAGCCUGAUCUGACUGGGCUCAAUAGUUUCUGCUUAGAUACCCCAGGUACUCCUUGUGAUCCCCGUGUCAACACGUUGCUUUCAAUCGUUGAAGCCUUUGGUUACCCGGUGAAUUUUGCGGAGAAAUGGAAAGGAAAUGAUCCUUGUAAUAGAUGGGUAGGGAUCACUUGUACUGGAACUGAUAUCACUGUUAUUAACUUCAAAAACUUGGGGCUCAACGGCACUAUCUCUCCACUGUUUGCUGAUCUUGCGUCUCUUCAGGUUAUUAAUCUCUCUCAGAAUAAUCUUAGUGGUACUAUUCCACAAGAGCUCACUAAGUUGAGUAACUUGAAAACAUUAGAUGUUUCGAAUAAUUUGUGUGUUGAAACAAUACCGGGUUUUAACACAAGUAUUGUUGAUGUAAACACGACUGGGAAUAAUUGUGACAUAGGAAAGGACAGUCCUAAUGCUGGAAAGAAAGCAUCUAGUAAUGCUGGAAAAAUUGUGGGCUCUGUUAUUGGUAUUUUGUUAGCUUUGCUUCUCAUCGGAUUUGCUAUUUUCUUUUUGAUCAAGAAAAAGAAGCAAUAUCAUAAGAUGCAUCCUCAACAACAAUCUAGUGACCAAGAUGCACUCAAGAUUACAAUUGACAAUCUGUGUACUGGUGGAAGUGAAAGUGGAUUCAGUGGUAAUGACGCUCAUCUAGGAGAAGCUGGGAAUAUUGUGAUCUCAAUACAAGUUUUGAGAGAUGCUACAGAUAAUUUCGACGAGAAGAAUAUACUUGGCAGAGGAGGAUUUGGAAUAGUUUACAAGGGAGAGUUGCAUGAUGGAACAAAGAUUGCGGAAGAAGGUUUGAAGCCACUCGAGUGGACUAGACGGUUGAUUAUUGCAUUGGAUGUGGCUAGAGGAGUAGAGUAUUUGCAUACUUUAGCCCAUCAAAGUUUCAUACACAGAGAUCUUAAACCUUCUAAUAUUCUUCUUGGAGAUGAUAUGCAUGCUAAAGUUGCUGAUUUUGGUUUAGUCCGGCUUGCGCCAGAAGGAACACAAUCAAUUGAGACCAAAAUUGCUGGAACAUUUGGUUAUCUUGCACCAGAGUACGCAGUGACCGGAAGAGUUACAACAAAGGUUGAUGUUUACAGCUUUGGAGUCAUCCUCAUGGAGCUACUAACGGGUCGAAAAGCUCUUGAUGCCACGCGAUCUGAGGAAGAAGUACAUCUUGCCACAUGGUUUAGGAGAAUGUUUAUCAACAAAGACUCGUUUCCAAAGGCUGUCGAUCAAACAAUUGAGGUCAACGAAGAGACACUUGGAAGCAUCAACAUAGUAGCUGAGCUUGCCAAUCAAUGUAGCUCCAGGGAACCGCGAGAUAGACCCGACAUGAAUCACGUGGUCAACGUGUUGGUCUCACUUGUUGUACAAUGGAAACCCACAGAGCGAAGCAGUGACUCCGAAGAUAUCUAUGGAAUCGAUUACGACACUCCUCUUCCUCAACUUAUUCUUGAUUCGUCUUAUUUUGGAGAUAAUACUCUGAUGAGCAUACCGUCGCGACCUUCCGAGCUUGAAAGCACAUUCAAAUCAGGACAAGGGAGGUAAAAUUUGUUAGAGAAUUCGCAGAAAAUCUAGCAAAAAAAAAUAGAGAUAAAAUUUAUUUACGUAAUGUAAGAACACAGAUUUUGCUAAAAAUCUGAGAACGAUAAAUCAUUAAAUUGGAU